AUGAACUACUCAAUAGAACCAAGUGCUUUAAUGGACGGACAUCCUCCAGUUACUUAUGACCUUGGCAAAGAAUGGAGGCUUUAUCAGCACACACAGGUCAAGGCAUUGUGGCUGCUGGGUGGCUAUGGGAUGGACGUAACCAAGAAAAACAAACGAGAUGGCACCGAAGUCACUGAAAGAAUUAUCACUGAAACAGUAACUACAAGACUUACAUCCUUACCACCAAAAGGAGGGACCAGCAAUGGUUAUGCUAAAACAGGCUCACUUGGUGGAGGGAGCCGGCUGGAGAAACAAAGCCUGACUCAUGGCAGCAGUGGCUACAUCAACUCUAGUGGAAGCAUACGAGGUAACACCUCCACAUCCAGCUACAGAAGAGCUCAUUCACCGGCCUCCACUCUGCCCAACUCACCGGGUUCAACCUUUGAAAGGAAGACUCAUGGUGCCCGCCAUGGAAUGUAUGAAGGGAGUUCCAGUGGCAACUCAUCCCCAGAGUAUCCUCGGAAGGAAUAUGAGAGCGAAAUCCGAGCUCGACUUCAGAGUGCAUCACCAUCUACCAGAUGGACAGAAUUGGACGAUGUUAAGCGUUUGCUCAAAGGGAGCCGGUCAGCAAGUGCUAGUCCCACUCGGAACACCUCCAACACCCUCCCCAUCCCCAAGAAGGGCACUGUGGAGACCAAGACGGUGACAGCAAGCUCCCAGUCAGUGUCCGGUACAUACGAUGCCACGAUCCUGGAUACCAACCUUCCCUCCCAUAUGUGGUCCUCCACCUUGCCAGCUGGGUGCUCCAUGGGAACCUAUCACAACAAUGUGACAACCCAGAGCUCCUCCCUCCUCAACACCAACGCCUACUCAGCAGGAUCUGUCUUUGGAGUUCCAAAUAAUAUGACGUCCUGUUCUCCCACCCUGCAGCCGGGACUCAGCACCUGUUCCUCAGUGUUUGGCAUGCAAAACAAUCUGGGCCCCAGCUCAUCUGCCCUGUCCCAGGGCACAGCCACCACUUCCACAGCCUAUGGUGUGAAGAAAAACAUGCCCCAGGGCCCUGCUGUUGCAAGCACCGGCAUGUCCACCUCAACAGCCGGUACCACCAGUGUCCACAGUGAUGACCUUUUACACAAGGACUGUAAGUUUCUGAUCUUGGAGAAAGACAACGUGCCAGCCAAGAAGGACAUGGAGCUGUUGAUCAUGACCAAGGACAGCGGGAAAGUCUUUACCGCCUCCCCGGCCAGCAUUGCUGCAACUUCUUUUUCAGAAGACACCUUGAAAAAAGAAAAGCAGGCUGCCUACACAGCCGAUACUUGCCUGAAGGCAGACACUAAUGGAGACCUGAAGACGGUGUCAGCAAAAGGCAAGGCCACCUCAGCAGAAAUCCACGGCUAUGACCAUGGCGGCGGUGGUGGCGGAGGUGGCGGCGGGGGAGCAUGGGGGGGCGCCCCGGCCUGGUGCCCCUGUGGUAAUUGCUGUACCUGGUGGAAAUGGCUGCUGGGCCUGCUGCUCACCUGGCUGCUGCUCCUGGGGUUGCUGUUUGGCCUCAUUGCUCUGGCUGAAGAGGUGAGGAAGCUGAAGGCUCGCGUGGAUGAGCUGGAGAAGAUCAGAAAUAACGUGCUGUAUUUUGAGGAAAAGGUAGAAAGAAGCAGCAAGGACCGCCUCCAGGGUGUGGCACCUGGCAUCGGAGUGGGUGACAGCAAAGCGGGGCUCGAUGGCCUCAACCAAGAGGCACUGUGGUUAUUCGUGCGGAACAAGCUAAUGACGGAACAGGAAAAUGGAAACCUCCGAGGAAGUCCUGGCCCUAAAGGUGACAUGGGGAGUCAAGGCCCGAAAGGAGACCGAGGGCCCCCUGGGGUUAUAGGUAACCCUGGGCCCCUGGGCCACCCUGGCCCUGAAGGACCAAAGGGCCAAAAAGGAAGCCUGGGAGAUCCCGGCAUGGAAGGACCCAUGGGCCAGAGAGGGCGAGAAGGCCCUAUAGGACCUCCAGGUGUACCAGGGCCUCCUGGAUUUGGUGAGAAAGGAGACAAAGGCGCUGCUGGCAACGUGGGUCCUCAGGGCCCUCCUGGUGUUCCCGGUUCUGUGGGCCCCAAAGGUUCCAGUGGCCCUCCUGGCCUGCAGGGUCCUCCAGGCUCUAUGGGUCUCCAAGGGCUUCGAGGCGAAGUGGGGCUCCCUGGUAUCAAAGGUGACAAAGGGCUUAUGGGACCACCAGGACCCAAAGGUGACCAGGGUGAGAAAGGACCCCGAGGUCUCACAGGCGAGCCUGGAGUGAGAGGAUUGCCUGGGGCUGUGGGAGAGCCUGGAGUCAAAGGAGCAGUGGGCCCCGCUGGCCCCAACGGACAGCAAGGCCCAAGAGGUGAACAAGGUCUGAAAGGAAUACCUGGGACCCGUGGUCCUCCAGGACCUUCUGGAGACCCAGGAAAGCCAGGUCUCACAGGACCCCAGGGACCUCAGGGACUUCCUGGCAGCCCUGGCAGACCAGGGGCUCGAGGUGAACCCGGGGCUCCAGGCAGAGUCCUGACUUCAGGGGAAUUAUCCACAGUCACUGUCCCAGGACCUCCAGGACCUCCUGGUGCCAUGGGACCCCCUGGACCUCCGGGGACUCCAGGCCCCGCUGGCCCCGCUGGUCUUCCAGGACAGCAAGGUCCACGAGGCGAGCCAGGACUUACUGGUGACUCCUUCCUGAACAGUGGCAGCUCCAUCUCUGAGAUCCUCUCCACCCAAGGCCUUGAUUUACGAGGUCCCCCAGGCCCACCUGGGCCACGAGGUCCCCCAGGGCCCUCCAUCCCAGGCCCACCAGGACCCCGAGGCCCACCAGGGGAAGGUGUGCCCGGCCCACCAGGCCCACCAGGAUCUUUCCUGGCUGACUCAGAUGGCAUCUUCUCUGGCCCCCCAGGCCCACCUGGCCCCCCAGGCCCUAAAGGAGACCAAGGUGAACAAGGCCUCCCAGGGCUCUCAAUCUCCGAUUCUGGUUCUCUUGGAUUCAACAUGCAGGGACCCCCAGGCCCACCUGGCCCACAGGGACCCAAAGGUGACAAAGGUGACGCUGGUGUCCUGGGAACUGCUAGCUUUUCCCGUGGUCCCUCUCGAGAAGAGUCAUCAAACACCAUGUACAUCCAGGGCCCACCUGGCCCGCCAGGGCCUCCAGGGCUUCCAGGCUCCCUUGGUGCCUCUGGCCAAGAUAUUCAGCAAUACAUCUUGGAAUACAUGCAGAGUGACAGAUUUAGGUCUUAUCUAUCUGGGGUUCAGGGUCCUGCAGGCCCCCCAGGGCCCCCAGGGCCUGUCACCACCAUCACAGGCGAGACCUUCGACUAUUCACAGCUGGCAAGCCACGUCUUGAGCUACUUGCAGAGUUCGGGCUUCAGCCUGUCCUUGUCAUCCAUUUCCUCUGAAGACAUCCUGGCUGUGCUGCAGCGGGAUGAGGUGCGGCAGUACCUGCGGCAGUUCCUGAUGGGUCCUCGGGGUCCCCCAGGGCCACCAGGAGUCGGUGGCGAUGGAUCCCUCCAGCCGUUGGACUAUGCAGAGCUGAGUAACCGUGUUCUCAGCUACAUGUCAAGUACUGGCAUCAGCCUUGGGGUUCCUGGCCCCCCAGGUCCUCCCGGCUUGCCAGGAACAAGCUAUGAGGAGCUCCUCUCUUUGCUCCGAGGGUCUGAAUACAGAGGCAUCAUUGGACCCCCAGGCCCCCCUGGGCCACCUGGGAUCCCAGGCAAUGCGUGGUCUAGCAUCAGCGUGGAGGACCUCUCAUCUUACUUACACACUGCGGGCUUGUCAUUCAUCCCAGGCCCCCCAGGCCCUCCUGGGCCCCCUGGUCCUCGAGGGCCCCAGGGUGUUUCAGGAGCUCUGACCAACUAUGCAGCUGAAAACAGCGACAACUUCCGCAGUGAGCUGAUCGGCUACCUCACAAGUCCUGAUGUGCGCAGCUUCAUCGUGGGUCCCCCAGGUCCACCCGGGCCCCAGGGGCCACCUGGAGACAGCCGCCUAGCAUCACGGGAAGACGCCUAUGGUUGGGGGAGCAGCUCCUCCGUCAGACGGGGUGGCUCCUACAGUUCAUUGGGUGGAGCCAACGGAGGCUCCCUAGGUGAAGGUGGAGCCUUUGGUGCUGGAGAUGGAGGUCCAUAUGGCACGGACAUCAGUCCAGGAGGAGGCUAUGGGGCCGGCUUCACUGGAGACCUGGACUACAAUGAGCUGGCUGUUAGAGUGUCGGAGAGCUUGCAGCGUCAGGGUCUGCUGCAAGGGCUGGCCUACACCGUCCAGGGCCCGCCCGGCCAGCCUGGGCCCCAGGGUCCCCCUGGCAUCAGCAAGGUGUUCUCUGCCUACAGCAAUGUGACGGAAGACCUCAUGAAUUUCUUCCGAACCUAUGGAGCUAUUCCAGGACCACCAGGGCAGAAGGGAGAAGUGGGCACACCAGGACCUAGAGGUGAGAGGGGUCCUGCUGGACCACGAGGUCUUCCCGGGCCACCUGGGCACAAGGGAGAAAAAGGAGACAAAGGUGACCAAGUCUACGUGGGACGGAGGAGGAGAAGUAUCGCCAGCAAGCCAUGAAGCUGGCUGUCCCCUGGACUCGUUUUUGCAGUACAUAUGGGCACCUAUGUCAGAUUCUCUCCACCAUGAAAGUUGGAGUCUCUGUCCUGAUGAGACAAAUGGUCACAUAGCAAGGUUCUGGUCUGAACAAACUAUAGUGAGAAUGCAGUCAGACACACCAUCUCUAACAGCCUCACUGGGUGCAAUUUCAGAGCAGCUUCAAUGCCUUGGGAUGAGGCUAUCUAGACCCCGGCUCCUUGUUCUUUAGCAUUCAGGGCAGGCCCAGGCCCGGCCCCAGGCUCAGAAAGCCAGUGACAUCCAAGUUGGCUUGGCAGUCUUUGAGCCCAGAAAAUGGCAGGUGGGGCUGGGGUGGCUUUUUGGAGGUAACAGCUUGAUGGGGCUGUGCUCUGGUUUCUGCUGAAGGCUGUGCUGUCAGCUGCUUCUUCCCCUCACCCUGCAUUCUCUAGUCACAGCAAGAGAGUUGACUAAGAAGUGACUCUUGCAACUGAAGAAAUUAGGAAAUUCGCUUCCCCUGUAGAAGUGAGAGGGUUCCUAAUAGUUUUAUUAUACACGCAGAUUAUGAUUCCCACUUAUUAAAAUGUUUGAUUGUAGCUACGAUCUGUACCAAUAGCUCUGUGCUAGAGUUUGUAGAUAUGUUAUACUGAACUACACUGCAGCAAAUAGGGCAACCAGAAAGAGGGAGAGAAGGGAAUGGAAUGCCUGAUGCUGGCUGGGAAAGAUGACUUCUGCUACGCUAUCAACCCUCUGUCCCACACUUAGGAAAUGGCAUGGGGGCUGGGUACAGCUGGAUUAAGCAUUAUUCACUGUCAAAAACAUUUGUGGUCUGUAAGAUGAAACGUCAUUUCAAUUGUAAAUUUUCCAAUUAAAAGUUUUUUUCUUUUUUAA